AUGACCAAAUCAGUUGACCAUCUUAUCUCCGAAAGAGCCAAAUCAAGGGUCUCCUCCCAUUUCACCAGCGCACCGCUGGAAGCACCGCCGCUGGGUUUCAAGCCACACCCAAAACCUUUGCUUUUAUCCUAUGGCACUCCCAACAAUGGCUUUUUCCCCAUUGACUCGCUCGAUAUCAAUUUGGUCCAUUAUCCAUUCGAGCACCAGGAUAAGAAGGAAGCGCGCGGCGAAUCCUUGAAGAGAUUAGCCGCCUCCUCCUCCAACUCCGCCUCAAAUGGCAAAAAUGGCAAGGCCGAAUCAUACGACAACUCGGUCGAAGUGGUUAGACACACGCAGGAUCCAAGCAUCGUUGAUUUGUCUACAGGUUUGCAAUACGCAAACGUCGAAGGCCACAAACCGCUACUCCAGUUCACCAAGGAUUUCAUCAAGAGAACCCAUAACCCCGCACAUGACCAAUGGGAGCUGAUUUUGACCACGGGCGCCAGCGACGGUUUGAACAAGGCAUGCGACGCAGUGUUGAAUCCAGGCGACGUGGUGUUGAUUGAAGAAUUCACGUUUCUUCCUUUUGUCCGGUUCUCGGACCACGCCCAAGCUAUCCCCGUGCCAGUCAAGAUUGAUUUCAGCAAUGAGUCAAAUGGCAUUGACUUGGGUUAUUUGCGCGAGUUGUUGGACAAUUGGCACGAUCUCAAGCCAAACUUGCCUAAACCCAAGGCAUUGUACACCAUUGCCACUGGUCAAAACCCCACUGGCUACACCCAAACUGUUGAAUUUAGAAAGCAAGUCUAUGAGUUGGCUGAAAAGCAUGACUUUAUCAUUAUUGAAGAUGACCCAUAUGGAUACUUGACGUUGCCAAAGUAUCAACAUCAGCGCCCCACCAAUGACCUGGUCAAGCUGGAUGUGACGAUUGACGAUUACAUUGCCAACCACUUGACUCCCUCGUAUUUGGAAUUGGACACUACGGGGCGAGUGAUUCGAGUUGAAACGUUUUCCAAGCUUUUCGCUCCUGGUCUAAGAUUGGGGUUCAUCAUUGCCCACGCCUCCAUCAUAAAAGCAAUCAAAAACUACGGCGAAGUCGUCAAUAGAGGCGCCUCGGGGUUGUCGCAACUCGCAGUCAACAACGUGGUAUAUGGCAAACUCGGUGGCGUCGACGGCUGGAUCGGAUGGAUCUUGAAAAUGAGACAAAGGUACUCGUUGAGAAAGGACUUGCUCUUGCACACUAUAUAUCAAUCCGAGGCGUAUAAGCAAGGAUUAGUCGACGUGAUUGACCCCAAGGCCGGCAUGUUUGUCACUUUCAAGAUCAAGUUCCUCGAUGCAAGACCCGAGAAUGAAAUUGUGGCCAAGAUGAAACAGGCGCUCUGGAAAGUCAUCAAUUUCGGCGUGGCUGUUGUGCCCGGGAGCAACAUGGCUGUGGACUCUAAAUUCAGCGCCGCAAGAAGCAAUUUCUUCCGGUUAUGCUAUGCUCCGGCCAACGACGACGCUGAAAUAGUUGAAAGUGGCAAGCGAUUAACCGAUGCUAUACUUGACUUUUACAACAACGGCGAAAAGUUCUAA